AUGGCUUAUUGUUAUGCGUCCGAAACAGAAGUAACUUCGUGGUGUGGAACCCAUAUCUGGGGCAAACCACCCAGUCGGGAUUUCAGAUUUUAUGACAUGUUUUGUUUCGGAUACGACAAGAACAACCGUAACCACAAAAUCUUAAGGUUUUGCUAUGAUAAUGAUGAAUCCCUUUUCUGUUUCGAAUUGUUCGAUUUUAAGACUAGUUCUUGGAGGCUUCUUGAUAUCGAACCAGACGUUGAUCUAGAUGUUUACCGAAGUGGGGUGUCUUUGAAGGGAAACACUUACUUUGUUGCUCAAACUAACAGACCAGGGGUUGUAGACGUUUUACUCUGUUUCGAUUUUACAACAGAGAGGUUUUGGCGGCCUCUGCCGUUUCACUAUGAUGCUGUAGAACACGUGGUUCUGUCUUGUGUUAGAGAAGAGAAGCUCGCUGUGUUAUAUCAAAUAGAGAAUACAAUGGAGAUUUGGAUUACAACUAAGAUUGAGUACGACGAUGUAUCCUGGAGCAAAUUUUUGGAAGUGGAGAUGACACCGCUCAAUGGUUUUGAUUAUGACUUUGAUACUGAAACUGAGAGCUUCUUCAUCGACGAGGACAAGAAAUUCGCGGUUGUUGGUGGUGAAUGCGAAAAUAAACCAAUCUGUAGGUAUCAAACCGCUCACAUCAUUGGACAAGAUGGAUACCUGAAAUCUGUACGUACCGCAGAAUGUCCAAAACCACUUGUGUUCUCUUCUUAUCUUCCAAGUUUAGUGCAACUAGAAAUCAACCAACGGAGCAAGAGGAAACCCAAAGAUUGCUUUUAUCAAAAGAAACUAAAGAAACUGAGAGCUUCUUCAUUGACGAGGAGAAGGAAGUCGCUGUGGUUUAUAUUGUAUUCGAAGAGAUAA